ACCAAUGUUUUCGUCUCCUUUGUGUUAUAAAAUUAACAAUUCAUAAAUACGCAUUUUCCGCUGAGCCACCUGAUCUCUCCGAGACUUUGGAGUAUACCACCGCAGCGAACACUUGAAGUGGAAUAAAUUUCAAAUCGAAAGUAUACGCGCGCCUGGCGUGGCUUGUUUCUAGGUUUUCAUCCACAAAACUGGAGCUAACAAUGGACAAUGAGUCGUGGGCCUGUUCGUCGGUAGAGAAGGACCUGACCCGCGUGGUCACCAAGUUGGAGCAGCUCCACGAGAACGCGGCAGCGGACAUCGGGGACAUAGCCACGCAGAUGUCCGAACUGGUCGAGGUCCUCAGCAGGGCGGAACAACUGGUGACCACUCUGAACUCGAGCACCCAGGUCUCCCAGGACGAUCCGAUGGGCGACGGGGUGAGCAUGCAGGUGGAGACGGAACCGACGGCCCCCCAGCGGCUAACCGAGCGCCAGAUGGAGAGCAUCCGGAAGGCCAUCGGCAGGUGCAAUGAGCGCGUUCAGAAGCUGUCCACAGAGCACCGCGAUCUACACGGUUCCAUCUCGAAGAUCGGCAAGGCCAUUGACCGCAACUUUAGCGCCGAUUUCACAUCCACCAUGCGCGUGGACGUGCUGCAGGACGAGGAGAACCUGAUGCUACUUAACAAGGCCAUUGCCAAGCACUACUGCCGCCAGGGCAUGGAGAACGUGGCCCGCUCCCUGAUUAACGAGUGCAAGAUGCCGGCAGAGCAUGCCCAGGAUGUGUUCGAGUCGGAGCGCGAGUUCGCCGACAUCUACAGCAUGUGGGUGAAAAUCCAGAAGCGGGACCUCACUGACGCCCUCAAGUGGGCCAAGAUGUACUCGCAGCAGCUGAGUGACCGCCACUCUCUGAUUGAGUUCCGACUGCACCGCAUGCGCUUCAUGCAGCUGGUGUCCUACGGACUAGAGUCGCAACGCGAGGCCAUCUGCUAUGCCCGGCUGAACUUCAAGAAGUUCGCCGUGCGCUACGAGCACGAGAUAGCCAAUCUGAUGGCCAGCUUCAUUUAUCUGCCGAGUGGACUGGAGAACUCGCCAUACAAGCACUUUCUGGGCCAGGAGAUGUGGACCGAGCUGUCGUUCAUAUUCCUCAAGGACGCCUGCCAGCUGCUGGGCAUCAGCAAGAACUCGGCCCUGUCCGUCGUGGUCAACGCCGGAUGCACUGCCCUGCCCGCCCUGCUCAACAUCAAGCAGGUGAUGCAGUCGCGCCAAGUGCUGGGCAUGUGGAACGGCUGCGACGAACUGCCCAUCGAGAUCGAUCUGCAGCCGGAAUUCCGCUUCCACUCGAUCUUCGCCUGCCCCAUCCUGCGCCAGCAGACCUCCGAGGACAACCCGCCCAAGAAGUUGACCUGCGGCCAUGUCAUCUCCAACGAUGCCCUGCACAAGCUCAGCAAUGGCCACAUACUCAAGUGCCCCUACUGCCCCGUGGAGCAGAAUGCCGAGGAGGCUGUUCGCAUCUACUUUUAAGCCACAUCUAUAUAUUCGCCCUAUGAUAAUCACCAUUACCCAUGCGGCUUGGCUCGGGCAGUUCGAGGACUGGUGUUGGUUGGCCCGCUUUCCUUAACAAAUCGUAACCAUUUUAAAUUAGCUGCUUAGAUUCAUGUUUUUAGACAAAUUCGCAGAGCGGAAUCGAACUUCCUGGGCCCGUGUGUUGAUCGUGUUUCCCCACAUCCUAACAGACAAUUUAGAAUUAAAAAAUAUAUAUAUAUAUACUGUGUAUUUAAAACAAACGACGAAUGAAUUUUUAUGCAGAAUCCAUGUUUAAUUAAAUAUGAAUCGUCCGGAGUGCA